CUAUGUAGAGGACGUCGGAGAGUCCAAAGCCACAGCUCGAGCGCUGCAUGAGAGUUUAAUAAUGUUCCAGUGCAGGACAUGUGGAUCAACAACCCACUGUUUAAAAGAACGACCAUCCCCUCUGUCGAGCAGCUUCAGUGACCUCUGCCCGUCUCCUGCGUCCGGCCUCCUCAUCACACUUUUAUUUGCUGAGACAGUUGCUGAAAAAAAGUACUGUUGGUACUUUGAAGGAGAUUAUCCUGUGUACUUCGUAUGCAAGACAUAUGAGGACUGCUGUGGCACACAAUGCUGUGUUCGAGACCUUUCCGUUCAGAGAAUAUGGUAUUUCUGGCUGCUGCUGAUAAUUGGCAUUUUGUGCUGCUGCAGUACUGGGUACUUCAUUCGCAGACGUGUCCACCCUUACCCUCCACCCGAGGGACCUGAUUUUAAUGUGUCCUUUACCAGACACCCCAACAUAGCACCAGGGUUGCGUCAGGCUGGCUUUCACAAUUAUGGAGACUCUGAGACUGCAGUCCUCUCCACCGUCUACCCAGCGCAGACCCACCCCGGUCACAUGACUGCAGUGUAUUCAGCCCUGCCGCCCUACUACAGCCAGCCCCCUCCUUCAUAUGAUCGGGUCAUGCAGGACUCGCAGAAGAAAGAAACAGACUCUUAGCACAGUGAUUUGUUCUUAUUCAAACUGUGAGGGUUAACGAAAGAAAGAAACAGAAGAAGCUCAAUAACUCAGGCAUGACUGGAAGUAAACAAACUUACAAACCGGAGCAGAAGAAUGAGUACAAAAACUAAAAAAAGUUAAAGAUGUUGAAACGCCUCCAUCUUUCUCUCAGCAUACAAGACUGCUGGCGGCCUACGGUUCCUCAUCUGUGGUCGCAGAAAGUGCACUUAUGUUUUCAAUGUCAGGACUGAAGGAUAUGUUUAUAAGCAUAACAGGUUAUACAUAAGCUUUCACAUUAGGGCCAGGGAUUAUAGUUGAUCAGUUUAUGGGAUUUGUUUUAUACUUUUAUAUCGUUCGCUUCUAAAAAUAUUUUCAUCUGUAAAAAUGAUCAACCAUUUUUAUUUCUUCAGACAUAAAGGGUAUUAAACACUUCCUGAAUGUCUACUAAAUGUUAUUGAUUAAAAUCCACUGAAUAAUACAACUUUUUUUAUAUCAAACUCAUCACCCAUAACCUUAAUAAAGUAAAAAACAAUUUUUAAAAAAAAUCCUUUUAAAACGUAUUUCUG